GCCUCUUUAAAAUGGCACUUGUAAAAGUCUUAUCGUCCGCCAUGACAGCUGAACUACAAAUAUGCAAAUUACGGAAAGUCACGUAGAGGACGAGAUUUCAAAAACAAGAUGGCUGCGCCCUUGUGCUCUUGCCAAACAAUGAUGAAUUUAACGAAGACAGCCACAUAUCGAGGCCAGUUGCGAUAUAUUUCAAUCAGAAAUAGUCUGUUAGCCAAUGCAAAUUCUAAAAACCAAAGCAGAUUAUCAGACCAGUCCAGUAAUAAGAAAAAGGACAGGGAUUCAACUUCUAAGAGGUCUUCCCCACCCACUUUUGCGAGUGGAUCAGACUUCAGGAAAUUUAAUCUGAAAAAACCAGGCUCAAAAUUUGAUAGGAAAUGGGUUGUGUGGGCUGACGCACUAACAUCACCACCACGUGCCGGACAUAUGCCCCAGGAUAUUGAUUGGACAAGCGUGUGGCCGACUCAGAAAACAUUCAACUACUCUGUUGUACCUCUACCAAUCAGACAGGGAAUGGCCAGGGGUUCAGAGGGCACAAUGAAGGAGAGGGGUCUACCUCCAGGAAAGUACGCCAACACAGAACUGGUGAAGAUACCCAACUUUUUACACCUCACCCCAAACCACAUCAAACAGCAGUGUGCUGCAAUGAGGAAGUUUUGCACGCCUUGGCCCGAAGAGUUGAAAAGCGAGGCUUCCAUGAAAGAACAUUUCCAUCUCGAGGUCAUCUCGAGUGACUUCUGCUUUGCUGGACCUUCUGUCAGGGACCCAAGGGCUAGGGUUGUCACAUUCAAGCUGAACUUGAACGAUUUGGAGCUGGAUUCCCACGCAUUUCACAAGAUGAAACUACUUCUUGGGGAUAAAUAUGAUCCAAAAACAGGGGAGAUCACUCUAACAGCUGAUAGGUGCCCAAUGAAGCAACAGAACUACGACUAUUUGAGAUAUGUGUUGACCAUCCUAUAUUUAGAAUCAUGGAAAACGGAAGACUGGGAGUCAGAAAAAGAGGAAGGAGAUUAUGCGACAUACACCUGGGAUCGCAGUGUGAACAAGGGAAACAUUGUCAACCUGCUGAAUACAUACAGGGAACGGGCUCAGGCCUUACCAGAUGGCAAAGGGAAGCAAUUCUCUAAUCUGCCAGAGGAUCUCACGGCAGACAAUAUUACCUCCCUUGAAGAGGUGAAAACCUACAAAGAUGCUGUGGAAGACAUUUUUAAUGUGGGAGAAAAUCCAGAGACUUUGGAAAAGUACAGGCAAUCUGUGUUAAAACUACUUAAAAUUAAGCCUGGUCAACCGAGUGUAAAGUCAUCGACAUCGUCAUCUUUGUCAUGAAUGUUACAAGAAAUCUUUUGGAAUUUCAAAUAUCAAUUUAAGAAUAAAUUACACACAACAACA